UGGAAUUCAAAAAUAAAGGUUUCUCUGCAUUAUGGGGAACACGGCUCUACUCAGCCUUUUACUGACUUCGUUAGCCCAAGUGGAGUCGGCUCCGCCAGUGAUUAAGAUUGGGGCGCUUUUUCCAAAACAUGGGGCCCAACAAAGUUAUGCCGAGCUGGCAUUCAAAUAUGCCGUUUAUAGGAUAAAUCGAGAUAAGAGCCUCUUGCCCGAUACAACGUUGAUCUAUGACAUUCAAUAUGUCAGCAAAUACGAUUCAUUCGAUGCUGUCCAGAAAGUGUGCAGUCAAGUUGAACGCGGCGUUCAGGCCAUAUUUAGUCCAACGGACUCUGUUCUGGCCACCCACAUAAAUUCCAUAUGUGACGCUCUCGAUAUACCAGACAUAGAACGUAGAAGCGAUACGAAAACCCAGGAGUUUUCCAUAAACGUGCAUCCUUCGCAGCAAUAUGUGAAUCAUGCCUUCAUUGACGUAAUACGCUACCUAAACUGGACAAAGUUCGGUAUUCUGUACGAAAAGGACUAUGGCAUUAUCGAACUCAAUCAGCUAUCGCGAGCGGUUCAAGCGGAAGUCCACAUUCGGCAAGUCUCCACAUCGACUUACCUCACUGUGCUAAAUGAGUUCAAAAACAAGGAAAUCCAUAAUAUCAUAGUCGACACCAAUUCGGCCGAUAUUUCGCUCCUGUUGAAAAAUAUUCUGCAACAACAAAUGAAUGAGUAUAAGUAUCACUAUUUGUUCACCAGCUUUGAUUUGGAAACCUUCGAUCUGGAAGAUUUUAAAUAUAAUUUUGUUAAUAUCACUUCGUAUCGUCUGGUUGAUAUGAGCGAUGUUGCUGUGAAGGAAAUUCUGAAGGAUAUAGAAACAUACAACAGACAAGUAUUGAAGCACAAUGAAUCCAAUUUUCAUUUGAAAAAUGCCGUUGGCAUUGAGACCAACCCAGCUCUGAUGUAUGAUUCAGUGUAUGUGUUUGCCAUUGGUCUGCAAACCUUGGAGCAGUCCCACACACUACAUCUGUCCAAUUUGACCUGCGAUGAUGAGGUUCCCUGGAAUGGAGGGCUCAGCUUGAUAAACUACAUAAACGCGGUGGAGUGGAAAGGGCUUACAGGUCCCAUUCAAUUUAAGGAAGGUCAGCGAGUUCAGUUUAAGCUUGAUUUGAUAAAACUGAAGCAACACUCCAUUGUAAAAGUUGGGGAAUGGACACCCCAAGGACAUCUGAAUAUUACUGAACCGUCUCUGUUCUUUGAUUCUGGCUCUAUGAAUGUCACAUUGGUGGUCAUUACCAUUUUAGAAACACCUUACGUUAUGAUGCAUUAUGAGAAAAAUUUUACGGGAAACGAACGGUUUUACGGCUUUUGUGUGGACAUUUUGGAGACGAUAUCGCAUGAGGUGGGAUUUGACUAUAUCUUGGACUUGGUGCCCGAUCGUAAAUAUGGUGCCAAAGACCCAGAAACCGGUCAAUGGAAUGGCAUGGUUGCACAGCUAAUGAAAUAUAAAGCAGAUUUAGCCGUUGGAUCCAUGACCAUAACAUAUGCCAGGGAAAGUGUAAUUGAUUUCACCAAACCGUUCAUGAAUUUAGGAAUCAGUAUAUUAUUUAAAAUUCCAACCUCUGAGCCCACCCGACUUUUCUCUUUCAUGAACCCCUUGGCCAUCGAAAUUUGGAUUUAUGUGUUAGCUGCAUACUUUCUGGUGUCCAUAACGAUGUUCGUUGUGGCCAAGGUGUCGCCAAUCGAGUGGCGUGCCAUUCACCCCUGCGACUUGGAAAAUAUAACCAUAAGUAAUCAGUUUUCAAUUUCGAAUAGUUUCUGGUUCACCAUUGGCACCCUAAUGCAACAGGGUUCAGAUAUACAUCCAAAGGCCAUUUCCACACGCAUUAUAAGUGGCAUUUGGUGGUUCUUCUCUCUGAUAAUUGUUGCCUCCUAUACUGCCAAUUUGGCGGCAUUUUUGACUGUGGAGCGGAUGAUAACUCCCAUAGAAAAUGCCGAGGAUCUCUCUAGCCAGACGGAAAUCUCCUAUGGAACUUUGGAGAGUGGAUCAACAAUGACAUUUUUCCGGGAUUCCAUGAUUGAAACAUACAAAAAGAUGUGGCGCAGCAUGGAUAAUAAGAAGCCCUCGGCCUUUACAUCGACUUAUGAGGAUGGCAUUGAGCGAGUCAAGCAGGGGAACUAUGCGUUCUUAAUGGAGUCCACGAUGCUCGAUUAUACUGUACAGCGUAACUGCAAUUUGACUCAAAUCGGGGGAUUGCUGGAUACAAAAGGCUAUGGCAUUGCAACACCAAAGGGCUCACCCUGGCGCGACAAGAUCUCACUGGCCAUAUUGGAGCUUCAGGAGAAGGGCGACAUUCAAAUGUUAUACGAUAAGUGGUGGAAGAACACGGAUGAGACCUGCACGCGAAAAAGUGGCAAGAAGCAAUCGAAGGCCAAUGCUCUCGGCCUGGAAAGUAUAGGUGGAGUGUUUGUCGUACUCAUUGCUGGAAUAUUGGUAGCCAUAGUAGUCGCUUUCUUUGAGUUUUGGAUCAACUUUCGUAAUCGGACUAAGACUCGAUCGCUCUGGCUGGAAAUGCUUGAGGAACUGCGUUAUGCCCUGCGCUGUAUGAGUAAGCGUCAACGACCCGAGCUCAGUCGCUGUUGCAGUGAGUGUCAGAACUUACCUUAUUAGGAGGAUUGUGGGGAGGAUGGGGAUAGUUAUGCUGAUGGUGGCCUGAUUUCGCAUUUGUCACAAUAAAACACAAGCCGACUACAAUUUGUAAUUUA